AUGGCAUCUUUGGCCCAUCAAAUCAAGACCCGUCGGUGGGAAAAGAAGAAGAAGCAUACCCUUGAACAAAGAAGAGAGGGAUCUAUUUCGACAUAUACCGACCAAGACAGCAUUGAUGAGCACCUACAAAGCUUAGCCACAAAACACCUACCCAUACUCGUAAUUCCCGAAACUACUCUUCCCACAUUUGCUUUGUUUCAAGACUUGCCACCCGAACUACGACUUAAGAUUUGGAAAAUCGCAUCUGAUGAGCCUAGAUUUAUUGGGUUCAGCGAAACAACCCGGAAGAAGGAGCGUUGCUAUUAUAUGGUCAAAACCAGGUAUAGGAAUUGGCCAGUUAAAAUUGAGACAAGAUGGUGUUUCCUUGGGGGCCUCACCUACGAGGAUAAUGCCCCAUGUCUUCUUUGGGUAUGUCAUGAUGCUCGAGAGAUUGCAAAGAAGAAUCGAUCUCAACCGUUCAUCAAAGCAUACGGAAACCCGAUCUAUAUCAACUUUUCAGUCAAUAUCAUUUUAUUCGAUUGUCAUCGGUCAUUUACACAAUUUUAUGACUAUAUUGGAGCUCCCGAACAAGAAAAGAUCUUUGCCACCGAAAGGCCAGCCAUCAUCUUAGGUCCUUGUAAUCGCGAUCGAUUCGAAUCCUUCAGUUAA